AUGCCCGAGAGGGUUGCAGAAUAUGAGCUCGUCACAGUCUGUGUGCUGGACGUAUCUGGGUCUAUGGGUGGAGCCAACAAGCUGGAUGAUCUGAAGUCCGCCAUGCGCUUCGUGAUCAAUGAGCUCUCACCCUCUGACCGUCUCAGCAUUGUCACUUUCAAUUCAGGUGCUGAUCGCAGGCUUCGUCUCCGCCGCAUGGACCGGGAAGGCCAGGACGAAGCCAUGGUUGCCACCUUGCGCAUGGCUGCAGGGGGCGGCACUGACAUUGCCUCGGGACUGGAUCUGGGCCUUCACGUCGUUGAGCAGAGGCGUCACAAGAACAAGGUCUCGGCAAUUCUUCUGCUGACCGAUGGCCAAGACCGAUCUUCUCGCCCAAGUCUGCCACAAAUGCUGAAGCGUGCAGCCAAAGCCGGGUGCAGCGUUUAUGCCUUCGGCUUUGGGGUCGACCAUGACGCGGGGAUGCUGAACGAAAUCGCCGAAGUGGCACGCACUCCCUUCACCUACGUGGAGAACACUGCAGCGGUGCCCGAGGCCUUUGCCGGCGUGGUGAGCGGCCUCGCCAGUAUCGUGGCACAGCAGGUGCAGCUUUCGAUAAAGUGCCGUGCUGUGCUGAAAGAUGUAAACACACCGUUUCAAGUGGAGCGCGACGGGGAGCACAAUGCCGUCGUGACGAUACCCGACAUCUUCGCCGAAGAGCGCCGGGACAUCCUACUGGAACUCUCGGUCCCUGAGGUAGAAGGCAACGGAGCCUUGAAACAGCAAUCUUGGAGGACAAAGAAACAGACCGUUGACGGCAGCACAAAAGCCAAAAGCAUUGCAAACUGCAACAGUAUAGCGAAAGUCAUGGUGCAGCAGCAGCAGAAGAAGAAGAAUAAGAAGAAGGGGAGAGUGGGAGAGUGGGAGAGUGGGAGCGUGGGAGCGUGCGAGCGCGGGAGCGCGGGAGCGCGGGAGCGCGGGAGCGCGGGCGUGGGCAUGGGCGUGGGCGUGGGCGUGGGCGUGGGCGUGGGCGUGGGCGUGGGCGUGGGCGUGGGCGUGGGCGUGGAGGAGGAGGAGUAG